AAUUACUUUAAAUAGUUCAAACUACGUCACUCUCUGGACUCUGGCCCUUCUUCUGUUAGUGUUCCCUCCCUCUCCCCCUCCCUCUCUCUGGUGUGCUAAACGCUUGAAAGUUGAAACGCUUCAGAGAGAUCUGGGUUUAGCUAGAGAGAAGGAUGGCCGCCUAUCCACUGAAGCAGCUGCUGCUGCUGCUGGGUUUUCUUCUCUUGGUGGGAAUAAGCAGUAGAGUUGAUGGUGCAACAACUAAGAAGGUCAUGAAAAAGAUCACUGCAAUAAAUAAGAAAGGCCCCUACUUGGGUGUUGUGGUGCCAAAUUCCUUUGAGAUGAAUCCUCUUCUGCAAUCCGGCAGCUUUGUAGUUGAUGAGAAGUUUCCUUACCUGGAUUUUUCAGGAAGAAGAUUUCGUGUUGGAAAGUUGGAAGGAGAGAAGGUUAUUGUUGUCAUGACAGGAUUGAGCAUGCUUAAUGCAGGCAUUACCACACAGCUGCUGUUGAGUCUAUUUAGGGUGAAAGGGGUUGUGCACUUUGGAAUUGCAGGAAACGCAAACCCAGAACUUCAAAUUGGAGAUGUCACUAUUCCUCAAUAUUGGGCUCAUACUGGACUUUGGAAUUGGCAGAGGUUUGGAGAUGGUCCUGAUGAUGAACUAGCUUUGGAGUCUAGUGGAGAUUACACAAGAAAAAUUGGGUACCUCAAAUUUUCUGAUUACAACAAUGAUACAGAAAAGGGCAAGUCUUCAGAAAACCUCCUCAAUAGUGUGUGGUAUCAACCUGAAGAGAUCUUUCCCGUGGAUGGAAUUCCAGAAGUAAGACAGCAUUCCUUUUGGGUUCCUGUUAGCAAUCACUACUUCUCAGUUGUAAAGAAACUUGAGGGUAUGGAGUUGGAGGGCUGCAUCAAUUCUACUUGUUUGCCAAGGACACCUAGAGUGAUUAGAGUGGAGAGGGGAGCCAGUGCCAAUACAUUUGUUGAUAAUGCGGCUUAUAGGCAAUUCCUCAACUCCAAAUUCAAUGUAACUGCAAUCGAUAUGGAAAGCGCUGCAGUUGCUCUCAUCUGUCUUCAACAAAGGACUCCUUUCAUUGCUAUUAGGGCUCUCUCUGAUUUAGCUGGUGGUGGUUCUUCUUUGUCCAAUGAAGCCGGAAUGUUUGCUCCAUUAGCGGCUCAAAACGCAGUUAGUGUUUUGCUUAGAUUUGUAGCUUUAUUGUUUUCGUAGAAAGAGAGGCAUCCUGUCCUCAGCAAAAUAUUUCUCCUUCAAUCACAUUUGUAUCUUUUAUUCAUCAUAAUAUGAUUUAAAAUAAGGACAUGUUUGUCAAACCAAAAAUUAAAAACA